AUGCGGCCGUCUAUUUUAUUCUCCUCCCGCCACUCCAGCCCGUCUGCCAAUCCCACUCUCUACUUCACCGAACCAUCCGAGCUGACUCCAUGGCUGGAGCUGUCGUCGAGGGACGGUGCGAGCUCCAGUUGCGAGACCCUGGCGCCGGAAGGCGCCAGUCGCGAAGACAAAAGUACAGCGCGCCUCUCGCCGCUGUUCGUGUCAACGGCCGCCGACGAAGGAGGCCUAGCGGCCUUUCUGUCGCAUGACUCGAGUGCCGUCCGCGGCGACGGCUCACCCGACGCAGAACAAGCGCAAGAGCCCUACUCCGAGCCCCACAAACGAGCCCACCACAGCGGCGCCCAGUCCCGUCUGCAGCCGCACAAUGUUGCCCUCCGACCCCCAGUCCGGGCGGCUGUCGGUCGCCAGGCGCUUGGCUCGCCGCUUCCUCUCCCGCCCAGGCUCGUCGGUACCGUCGGCCCCGGCGGCGAGUGGGCGAGAGACGGCGGCUACGCCCAAUCGCCUGUGGCCGGGCGCCAGUUCCCGAGCCAGGUACAGGCGGGCCAAGGGAAGCCGGAGGCAAGAGCCAACUCAGGCCAGCCAUUCGGACCAAAGUACCAGCCUCAGCCAGCGCCGGAGGCCAUUCAUCCGACCUCGUCCCGGAAGCUUCACGUGGGUUCACGGUUGGCGAAGCAUUAG